UCAGACUGGGUGGAUAAAUACCCAUCGCGCUGCGCCAUGAGGCUGCUGUAUAUGCGUCUUUGCACGGUGAUAGGUCGGUUCCAGAAGGACAGGACAUCCCCAUAGCGCACUUUCCCCCCAAUAUUCACGCGUUAUAUACCAUUAGUACGGUUCGGGACAUCAGUAAGCGAUGAUGAACGGUCAGAUGAACGGGUUCCACAACUCCCUGAUCGAGGAGGACUGCUUCUUGUUCACCUCGGAGUCGGUCGGAGAAGGACAUCCCGACAAAAUCUGUGAUCAGAUCAGUGAUGCAGUCCUAGAUGCUCAUCUCAAGCAAGACCCAGAUGCCAAAGUCGCUUGUGAAACGGUUGCCAAGACGGGGAUGAUCCUGCUGGCGGGGGAGGUGACUUCACGGGCCACCGUAGACUACCAAAAGGUGGUGCGGGACACCAUCCGCCACAUCGGAUACGACGAUUCCUCCAAGGGCUUCGACUACAAGACCUGCAAUGUUCUGGUGGCGUUGGAGCAGCAGUCUCCGGACAUUGCCCAGGGGGUUCACAUCGACCGCAAUGAGGAGGACAUCGGCGCAGGGGACCAGGGGCUGAUGUUUGGCUACGCCACGGACGAGACGGAGGAGUGCAUGCCCCUCACCAUCGUCCUGGCCCACAAGCUCAACGCCAAGCUGGCCGAGCUGAGGCGCGACGGGACCCUGCCCUGGCUCCGGCCCGAUUCCAAGACCCAGGUGACGGUCCAGUACCGGCAGGACCGGGGCGCCAUGCUCCCGGUGCGCGUGCACACAGUGGUGGUCUCCGUGCAGCACGACGAGGACAUCUACCUGGACGAGAUGAGGGAAGCCCUUAAGGAGAAGGUGGUCAAGGCAGUGGUUCCCUGCAAAUACCUGGACGACGACACCAUUUACCACCUGCAGCCCAGCGGCCGCUUCGUCAUCGGGGGCCCGCAGGGUGACGCCGGCCUGACGGGCCGUAAGAUCAUCGUGGACACCUAUGGGGGCUGGGGGGCCCACGGCGGGGGGGCCUUCUCUGGAAAGGACUACACCAAGGUGGACCGCUCGGCAGCGUAUGCGGCCCGAUGGGUGGCCAAGUCCCUGGUCAAGGCGGAGCUCUGUCGCAGAGUCCUGGUGCAGGUUGCCUAUGCCAUCGGAGUGGCCCAUCCCCUCUCCAUCUCCAUCUUCCACUACGGGACAUCCAAAAAGAGCGAGCGAGAGCUGCUCGACGUGGUGAAGAAGAACUUUGACCUGCGGCCUGGGGUCAUCGUCAGGGAGCUGGAUCUGAAGAAGCCCAUGUAUCAGAGGACCGCAGCCUAUGGCCACUUUGGCCGAGACUCCUUCCCAUGGGAGGUUCCAAAAAAACUAAAAUACUAAACCGUGUCAAGCUUUUCCCCCCAGGCUUGUUGGUGUAUACUACAGAGAAGCCUCCAAGACCCAGGGGGACAGGCCCUCACUUCAUUAUGGCAGCAUUAGCCUCCUCCCUCACGCUUUCCGCUCUUGUUUAGUUCUUCUCGGUCUUCUUCUCUUUAGCUGUCGGUACUGUCGCUCUUGACCCUAGGAGAUGUGCGUCAGUAAUGUCAGAACAGUUGCAGAUGAAACAUGCAGUGCAUCGCUGCUCCCCUCCCACUGCACACUCCCCACUCCCCACUCCCAAGCCUCCCAGUUAAACGCUCCUUCGAAGAAGAGGGGCCACAGUGUUGGCAUCCAGUAGUUGAGGCGGUCUUCCCCUGCAUAGCGUCUGUCCCUUGUGGUGGAUUCUAUGUACGUACCUCCUUUCGGUAUUUAUAUUGGUUUUAAACUGGUGCUACUCGUGUAAGGGGUACUAUGGGCAUCUCAACUUGGCUUACCUUAAAGUUGAGAUGCCGUGCAUAGUCUUUAUGAGCAUUCCUCCUGGCAGUUAUUUUAUCUUGGCUGUUCAGCCCCCCCCCCCCCCCCCCCCCCCGACCUCUCACAUCGUGGAGGAUGCCUGAAGAGCACCAUGGAAGUAAGGCUGGCUCCGGUUUUUGUUAAUUUAAUGACAACGGGAACUAUGCUAUGCAUUGUUGAGCACAGGAGGCCUCGGUUGCUGAGCUCCUAGCGAGCGUCGCCGCAGACGCCCCAUCGAGACCACUGCGGUUUUCUGAUGUAAUACAGAAAAAUCAGAAGCUGCUAUGCCACUGCUGUGGUCUGAUGGAGGCAUUUGCUCUACUUGAUUUGGUGAGGAAACUAGUAAAUCAGAUGCAUUAUCCUUGACACGACUUUUUAUAAAAAAGUUGUUACAACUCCCAAGUUUGCAAGGGCAUUGAUUUAUAUAUUUUCUUCCUUGCACAUAUCGGUGGUUGGCGUUCCUCUGCAGAAGCCCGUCUCAUCCACCACCUAGUGUUUAGUAUUUAUUUAGGGUCUGGAGCUUGGUGUGGAUACAGAGAAGCCAAGCUCUCAGAUGGUAGCUUUUAAACAAUCAAGGAUCAAUUAUCUGCUGUUGUCACGACAACUUUUAAACUCAAACGUAGUGGUUCCAAAGUGUCCUACAGAAAGCUUUGGUAUGCCACCGUCUACAUGUACGGGUGGGGGGGGGACCGGAUCAUUUUGAUAUUUGUGCAGGUUUUUUAUUUUUGAAGGAGUCACACAAAAGGCCUGUAGGUUAUUACUGGCCCCUCUCGGAUCUGCUCUGUGAUUGGCUAACAUUUGGCUGGUGUUGUACAGAGAAACCAGCCUUGUUUACACAGCCCUCACUCAUGCAGGAAGGUGGUUUUAGUGUUUUGGCUUGAACCAUUCAGAGAUCGUCCCAUUGGCUACAGCAAGUGCACGAGUGCCUUUUCUAUUUCCUCUAUCCCCUCCAUUUGCUGAACCUCUUAUCAACAUGCGUCCGACUCAGAGGAGCAGGUAGCUUAACCUUACAAUGUGCUUCAUGUCUAGAGAUUUGCGUACAGUCCAUUAUGUCCUGUAUGUAAUAAACUGCUACUUUCAUUUCAA